CUGUAGCAGACGCCCCGGCUCCCGAACCCGAGCAAGGCCGGGAACAGAGACCAGCCUGGGAUGACUCAUCAUCCUGACCCAUGGGCGCCGUGAGUGGCGAAUCUAGAGCCGGGGGUAUAAGUAAAUAAGAGCAGUGAGCAGCCUACGACCGUUAGUAACGCCUGCUGGCCUGAAACCCUCCCUGACGAAUACCGGCCUCAGAUUGCUUAACGGACUGCAAUGGGCAUUUGCCAGUCCAGCAUUAAAACCCCCCAACCACCACCUGAGACGUGCGCGUGAACAACCGCAAAGGCCCGAUAAGAAGAGUCGAAGAAAACGUCGGGGAGAAAGUGAUGCCAUCCCGGUGCUGAGCUGCUGGCCAUGCGUGGCAUCGGGCGGGGCCUAGGCGUGCUGCUUCUGCUCCAGCUGGCCCUGGCCUCAGACCCCUGCUACGAUGCAGCCCAGCGGCCCCGCUACUGCCUCCCGGAGCCAGCCGACCUGGCCGCCGGGCGCCCCAUCCGGGCCUCCGCCACUUGCGGCCGCCCCCCGCAACGCGUGUGCUCCUUCCGCCACCCGGGCGACCCCUCGUCCCGCCAGUGUCGCCUCUGCGACGGGGUCGACCCCGCGGCCGCCCACCCGGCCGCCUACCUGACCGACGCGGGCGGGGAGGCCACCUGCUGGCAGUCGGGGCCGGGGGCCAACGCCAGCCUGACCCUGGCCCUGGGGGGCCGCUUCGAGCUGCUCUACGUGGCCCUGCGCUUCUGCUCCCCGCGCCCCCACUCCAUGGCCCUCUAUAAAUCCACCGACCACGGCCACUCCUGGACGCCCCUCCAGUUCUUCUCCGCCCGCUGCCCCCGGGUCUAUGGGCUGCCCCCGGCCUCCGCGGUCGCCAAGGCCACAGAGCACGAGGCCCUGUGCACCGCCGCCCAGACGGACCCCACGCCGCUCGUGGGGGGGCUGGUGGCUUUCAUGCCUCUGGCCGGCCGCCCCUCGGCCCGGGUCUUCGAGAACAGCCCCGUGCUUCAGGACUGGGUGACCGCCACCGACCUGCGGGUGGCCUUUGAUCGCAGGCACCGGGCGCUGGGGCUGCGGGACCGGGAAGCCUCCUACGGGGUGUCAGACCUGCAGGUCGGGGGCCGGUGCCGGUGCCACGGGCACGCUGCCCGGUGUGGGGCAGCUGGGCCUGGCGGGGCCCCCCAGUGUCAAUGUCGGCACAACACGGCCGGGCCCGAGUGCGAGACCUGCAGGGCCUUCUACUGCGAUCGGCCCUGGCAGCGCGGCACGCCCAGCGAUGCCCACGAGUGCGUGGCCUGUGAAUGCCACGGCCACUCGCACCGGUGCCGCUUUAACCUGGAGCUGUACAAGCUGUCGGGGCGCAAGAGCGGGGGCGUCUGCCUGAACUGCCGGCACCACACGGCCGGGCGGCACUGCCACUACUGCCAGCCGGGCUUCAAACGGGACCUGAGCCGUCCCAUCACCAGCCGCCGGGCCUGCAAGGCCUGCCAGUGCCACCCCAUUGGGGCAAUUGGCACCAUGUGCAACCAGACCACGGGGCAGUGCCAGUGCAAGAUGGGUGUCACCGGGCUCACCUGCAACCGCUGCGCCCAGGGCUUCCAGCAGAGCCGCACAGCUCACAUCCCCUGCAUCCGUGUUCAAGAGGUGAUGACCACUACAGCUACCUACCCUCUGGAGUGGAACACAGGCACCGAGUGCCGGACUCACUGCAACCCCUCCCACGGCCGCGUCCACAUGAACCUGCGAAAGUACUGCAAGAAGGAUUACGUGCUGCGUGCCCAGCUGCUGGCCAUGGUGGAGUCGGGCGAGUGGUGGAAGUUCACGGCCUCGGUGCUGGCGGGCUAUCGGCAGGGGCGGGGGACCAGUGUUUCCCAAACGGUGUUCCCCGAACCCCAGGGUUCUGCAAAGUGA